ACGUGUAAAAUGAUAGUUAUCCUUUCGGUUAUUUUGCUAGUUUUAAGCCCCCUUGCUGUAACGGGCCAACGAUGGAGAGUAGAUCGCCAGAAUCUAGCAAUGGACACAAUUCAUCCACAAGCUCAAAUUGAUAAACGAGAUUUCGAUUCAUUCCGGUUGCCGAAUACAAGCGUACCAACGCACUACAACUUGUUCCUGGAUACCAACAUCCAUCUCGCUGAUUUUACCUUCAACGGAAGCGUACAAAUCCAGCUUACCAUUCUGGAGAACACAAAGCAAAUUGUACUGCACAAAUCGCGAAACCAAAUCCUCAGGGUGCAGUUGAUAACCACAAACCAGUUACAUGUGGCGCUCGAUGGGGUUGAAUAUGACUUGGAGAAAGAAUUUAUGGUUAUCAACACUAAAACAACCUUACUCCAAGGUUCCAACUAUCGGCUGGAUAUUGAAUUUUCCGGCGAACUUCGUAAUGAUAUGCUCGGGUUCUAUCGUUCGUCCUACGUUGAUGCAGAAGGAAUGGUUAAGUACCUUGCAGUGACACAAUUCGAGGCAAGUUACGCUAGAAGUGCCUUUCCUUGUUUCGAUGAGCCUGCCAUUAGAGCGACUUUCUCCAUCAGUAUUAGCUGCGGAUGGGAUUACAAAGCGACAUCCAAUAUGCCGGUCCUGGGAAUUACAAUUCAACCAAACGAGAAAAAAUUAACCCGCUUCCAAGUGACCCCACGCAUGCCUACCUAUCUGGUGGCAUUCAUGGUAACAGAUUUCACCAGCAAACGGAUUACACUACAGGAGCCAACAAGACUCACCAUGGAGAUUUUCGCACGACCAACGGCUUCCGAUCAGCUGGAACUGGGCUUGGAAACAGGAGUUAAAGCUAUCAGGGCGCUGGAAACAUAUUGCAAUCGAACCUACGACUUGCCAAAAUUAGAUCAGGUGGCGGUGCCCGAUUUCUACUUCGGUGCAAUGGAAAACUGGGGCUUGGUGAAAUACGCCGAACAGUAUCUGCUCUUCGAUCCGGAAAAAGCCAGUAAUGUCGACAAAGAAAAUUUAAUUACCAUCAUCACCCACGAAUUUGUUCAUCAGUUUUUCGGUAACCUCGUUACUCCAAAAUGGUGGACAGAUAUUUUCCUCAGCGAAGGUUUUGCUACUAUGUAUGAGUACUAUAUUGGAGCCGAAGUUGAACCCACGAUACGAUUUAAAGAGUUGUUCCCUGUGGAAGCCUUACAAACAGCAUUUUAUGUGGAUAGUUUCCCAUCCACUAGACCACUUUCGUACUAUGUAGAGAGUAACGCCAUGUCGCAGUUCGACAUCAUAGCAUAUCAAAAGGGUGGCAGCGUAUUUCGCAUGAUGAAUUACGCACUGGGUCAGCAGACUUUCCAGAAAGGGAUUCAAAAAUACUUGGAAGUGAACAAGGACAGUGCUGUGGAUCCGCUUGAUUUAUUCGAUGGUCUCCAGUUUGCAGCAGAAACUGACGCCGUACUACCGGUAGGUGUCACUGUGGCAGCAGCCUUGAGUUCUUGGGUGUACCAAUCCGGGUAUCCCGUAGUGACAGUCAAAUACUCGGCAAUAAGUAACGAAAUUACAUUCGAACAGCAACAUUUUUCCUCAGAACCCGAUGCCCAGCGAACUUGGUGGAUUCCGAUUAGUUUUGACUUAAGCAGUCAGCCGGAUCGAGAUGAAACGCAAACUAUUUUCUGGAUUUCCCAGGAUUCCAAACAGUUCAUACUACGACUGAGUAUACCCGACGAUGUGUAUCUUUUGGUGAAUCCUCACCAGACGGGAUAUUAUCGAGUUAAUUAUGAUAGUGGUCUUUGGCAAAGAUUGAUCAAUCAACUGCGCAACGAUUACACCGUUAUUCCGCCAGUUUCUAGAGCACAACUGAUUGAUGAUUCGAUAAAACUGGUACAGGCUGGAGAGCUUGACAUGGAAACUAGCUUCGAGUUGUUCCAAUAUCUGGCCGAAGAAGUGGACUACAUUCCGUGGUACACAGCAUUCGCAUCCGAUAAUCUACAGUACAUCAACAAUGGGCUUGUCGUUGAUGCGGAAGCCUAUAAGGCUUUCCAGAGCUUCUUGAGCUACUUAGCCGAGAAAGUAUUCCGGUGGGUCGGCUUCGCUGAAAACCAGGACGAGCCACACGAGUACCAACGGCUGAGAGCAAUGGCACUGGAAUGGUACUGCCGCAUGGGGUCAGCCAUUUGCCGGGCCGGUGCCCGUCAGCUGAUGCAGCAGGAUUUGGACAACACUAGACCGCUUGCUUCCUACAUCAAGCAUAGCAUCUAUUGUGGUGGACUGAUGGAAGCUAGCCAGGAAGAGUUUGCAGCCGUUUUCGACGCUUACCGGGCUUCUGGUGACGCGACCGAAAGGUCUGUUUAUCUCUCCGCGCUGGGGUGCAAUGAAAACGAGGAAUUGCUGACGAACUAUUUGUCCACAACACUGCUUGGGCCUGAUGAAAUCGGGGACUGGGUGACGAUUUUCCGGUCUGUCUACUCUAGAAAUAACUUUGGCUACGAAACGUUCUCCAAGUGGUUGAAUGUUAAUUCGGUCGCCGUUUUGGAAAUCUAUGGAGGAGAGUCGGGAUUUGUUGCGAUUUUAGCGGAUAUUCAAUCAAGGCUGGGCUCCAUAGACAAUUUCGCAACGCUUAUCGGUUUGUUGAAAGAAUUCCAGCCUACUGUGUAAUUCGAUAUUCGAUGUCUGAUGAAAAAUCUAAAUUCAGCAAAACAACAAUAGAUCAGUACACGACUAUGACUAAUUACGAAAGAUAGAAACACAAACAACGUUUAAUAAACCGUGAAAAUGAUUUUCUACUA